AUGGGCUUCGGUGUGCCAUGGAAAAAACCCAAACUGCAGAGAGGCGAGGUAAUUCUAUCCAAAAGUGUCGCGCUUGCAGCGAAUGAUACCGUUGUCGGGGACACCGUUGUACUUUUUGCAGAUAUCAGUGGGCCACUUCGAGAAGUGGUUCAAGGCAUGCCCGACCUCGUGGGCAACCAGUACAGUAUUAUGCCGAUGAAGGUUGUCGAUAUUAUUGCUUUUGAUACCGCAAAGUUUGACGUGGUGGAUUUCAUCGUCAUGGAUUUUCACUCAAUGCUUGAUGUCGUCGCCGAGGGCUUGAGUCCAUCCGUGAGUGAGGCGACGCGAAAAGAAGUGGCGCGGAAGAACCCAAAAUGGUGUGCGACUAGCAUUCACUUUAAUCUCAAUCCACGGGCGCGAACGAAUGCGUAUAAGAGUUCAGAUUAUGCCACCGUACGAUACCACGUGACUUCCUGGGCCUCCACUAUAAUUGGCCCUCUUGGUUUCAAUCAGCUCACAGUAGACACGCCUAUUAUCCGUUUUUUGUCUUCAGUGAAGUUCUUCUCACUUUUCGUUGGGCUAAUCGCAUCUCUCAUGCUCCUUGCUUUGGCUUUCCUCAGCCUUGUGCUCAUUUACUCACUUCUUAAUGUGGGUGUGGAAACACGAGUGUAUGAAUUGGGUAUUCACCGUAUGCUAGGCUUCACACGGGAGAGUUUGGUGCUGAUGGUGCUAACAAACGCGUACUUCUUUACGAUACCAGCUUGGAUUGCUGGUCUCGCUAUUGGGCAGCUAAUAUAUCUUGGACUACGCUCCAUUGUCAGUGCCAUAAUUUCCGUGCAGCUCCCUCUGCUCGUUCCUGGGGAAGCAAUUGGAUGGGCGACGUUUGCUGGUCUAAUGCUCCCACUUAUUGGUUCAAUUCUUCCCAUUAUCUCGCUCGUCUCUCAAAAUCUCCCGGAUGCUCUGAAUUCUUCUCGUGGUAAGAAUUCGGGUGUAUUAUACAAAAUUGUGCGGGAGAGAGACGCAAGCGGGUUCGAUAUUACUAUGUUUGCUCUCGGGAUUGCUUUCGCUGUGUUUGGAUUCCUAUUGUAUUACCUUUUCCCCAUUGGAAUGGUGCAAUCGCAGCUUGCCUUGCUCUUCGGUAUAUUUUUGGGCGUCCUUAUUGGAAUGCUGACAGGUUUGGUGAUACUCUCCCUAAAUCUUGAGCGUCUUCUUCAAUCGAUGGUGUCGUAUCUCUUCCUCUUCUGGGAGGGCAGCGCAGUUUUCCAGGCGGUACAUGUUUGCUUGAAGGCACACAGAAGACGUAACCGUACGACGACGUUGAUGUACGCGCUCUCACUUGGGUUUGUUAUGUUCAUCACGAUUGCUGUUCAAUUACAACUUCGGUCAUUUCAGUACGAUAUGCGCAGAGCAACAGGCGCUGAAGUAGUGGUUUCAUCUGACUCACUGGCCUUAAGGCAUCUCGGGCCCUUUGCCAUGUUUGUGAAGACGCAACUGAGUGCUGUCACGGCGUUGACUUACCUUUCGCGGUCUAUCACUUACGGUAAGCCUCUGCAGAACGUCACCUUGUCAUCACCAGGGAGGUUUCGAACAGUAUUGGCAAGGGGUGUCCGCGGUGUUCCGCCCAACUUCUUUGAAGUCCUCGACAAGAAGUUCCUCUUGGUGGAUAGGUACAACCGGCGUAGCAGACAGUACUCUCUCGCUGGUGCUCUUUACACAGAAGGACGAAACCAAUUGAUUAUGUCAGCUUCAGCUUACUCAACGAUAAAUUCAAACUCACUUGAAGAUCCCAUGAUGCUUGUGACAGCGUUGACUACCAAUACUGUUAAGAAGACUGCAAAAAGUGUGCGAUAUGCAGUGCAGCCGUCUGCGGUGCUGAGUGCCGCUCCCCAUGUGACAAUGUCAAAGUUCCGUAGUGUGGAUUGUGAUGUUUUGGUUUCCUACCCUACUGCUCUUCGCGUCAGUUCAAUAGAUUACCUGAGUGUUCGCAGUAUUGCCUUGGAGUCCGUGACACUUCGAGUCCCUGAUCCACGUCGUUUGAGUUCGGUUUCUCGAGCGGUAAGCAAAUACCUAACGAAUAGCAGGUUUGAGUAUUAUUCGGUUCGUGACGAUGCAUCAACUACCGAGUACUUGAGCAUUGCAGAAAAUAUAAUGGGUUUCUUUUUCACCUUCACGCAAGUUAUGACCUUGGCAAUCUGCUUCUUUUCACUUCUCAGCAGUAUGACGGCAAACGUGAUGCAGUCGUCGAAAGAAAUAGGAAUUUAUCGCUGCAUUGGUAUGACAAAGUUUCAGAUUUACAGGAUUUUUGUGUGGGAAGCGUUUACCGUUGUUGUUGCUGCUGGGAUCAUGGGUGUUGUUGUAGGAGUGGUGGUGGGCUACACUAUGCAACUUCAGAAUUAUCUGUUUACACAACUGCCAGUGCCGCUUUCGUUUCCUUAUUUUCAGGUUGUGACCAUUGUCAUAAUGGCAGUUGCUGCGGCUCUUCUGGCAAGCUAUGGGCCCGUUGCGCUCUUAAUGCGUCUCCCAUCCAUCACCCACAUCCUGCGUCGUACAGUUUGA